CCCCGAUCCCUGAGUUACUUAUAUAGAUAACGGAUCUUUCAUUCUCCCCUCGCUUCUGCGACGCUCGUCGAACCCACGCGGCGAGACGACACACGGCCUUCCCGCCUGCUUGAUCGUAUCUACAGUCUCCGUUGCGUUCCCGAUCACUUGCACACUAUUAUCUUUACAUAAUUCCCAACGCUGUGCGCCUUUUCCUCGAUUGGCUCCAUUCGGUCCUCCCCUAUUGUGUACAUUACUUGACCAACAAAGCUGGUCUAUUCAAUUUGACCCCAGUCAUUACUAUAAUGGGCAAUAAUCUUUCAAUCCUCAAUAAAUCCACUGUAUAUUCAGAAGAUGUGAAGAUAGUCGCGUUGAUAGGGCCCAAAGGCUGCGGAAAAACCUCGCUAGUGCGCAGGCUCACGAGGGAUUCGUUACACCAAACUAGCCGGAAUCCAGUGUCUUCAACACGUCGGGUCACCCACACGGAGAUAAAUUUGCGGGGUAUCCGCAUCGUUGUUCUUGACACUCCUGGCAUCGGUUAUCUCGGGAACUGUAAAGAGUUCUCCGAGCGUGAUGUUCUCGAUCUCGUAGAGAGCUGGUUGCGAAAACAUAGACGCAACGCUCGCCUUACUGGGAUACUGUAUGUGCAAAACACAGAUAGACGGGUCAUGCCCACCAUCGACUCCUUUCGUGAAAUUUGCGAGUCGAAUGACUUCUACUCGUCCGUCGUGCUAGUCGCAACCGGUAACCUAGACAAGCUCCGGGAGCUUGAAACCGGUAUAUGGUCGGAGGUACUGUCCCGAGGGGCGAAGGUGUUCCCCUUUACGGGCACGAAGGAGUCCGCGGAGAAAGCCGUAGCGCUACAAACCUCCGGACUGCGCCCGGGUCGAAGGUUUUACCGUGCUACUGCUCAGUGAGUGACACUGAAUGGAUACAAGGAACCCUUAAAAUUCGAACUUUCCAGUUACAUUGUGCGCCAG